AGGCCGGGAAGGACAAUGGCGGCGGCGGCGGCGGCGGCCGCCUCAGCAGCAGCCGUGCCUGCAGGCGGCGGCGGCGGCGGCGUCCUGGGGUCUGCGGCGGCGGGGGGCGCGCCCGGCUCGGGGGUCUCCUCCGCCGCCCCGUUGUCGGCGUCGCGGCGCAAGGACGGCGGCCCCUCGGGGAAGUUCUGGGAGAGCCCCGACACCGUCUCUCAGCUGGACGCCGCGCGGGCCUGGCUCGGCAAGCACUGCAAGAAGUAUGUUCAAGCAGAUGCUCCUACCAAUAAAACACUGGCUGGGCUUGUGGUGCAGCUGCUGCAGUUUCAGGAAGAUGCCUUCGGAAAACACGUUGCCAAUCCUGCCUUUACAAAGUUCCCUGCAAAGUGCUUCAUGGACUUCAAAGCUGGAGGAACACUAUGUCACAUUCUUGGUGCUGCAUAUAAGUACAAAAAUGAGCAAGGAUGGCGCCGAUUUGAUUUGCAGAACCCUUCCCGAAUGGAUCGAAACGUCGAAAUGUUUAUGAAUAUUGAAAAAACAUUGGUGCAGAAUAACUGUCUGAGCAGACCAACCAUCUACCUCGUACCAGAAAUUGAACUGAAGUUAGCUAAUAAGCUAAAGGACAUUGUCAAACGUCACCAGGGCACAGUCACAGAUGAGAAGUCUAAAGCCACCCACCAUAUUUAUCCUGUUCCUACCUCAUUGGAUGAAGAAGAGUGGCUAAGACCUGUAAUGAAGAAAGACAAGCAAGUUCUUGUGCAUUGGGGCUAUUACCCAGACAGCUAUGACACUUGGGUUCAUGCUACUGAUAUAGAUGCCGAAAUCGAAGACCCUCCAAUUCCAGAGAAGCCGUGGAAGGUUCAUGCUAAGUGGAUUUUGGACACAGAUGUAUUCAAUGAAUGGAUGAAUGAAGAAGAUUAUGAAGUAGAUGAGAACAAGAAGUUGGUCAGCUUUCGCCAGCGUAUCUAUAUGAAAAAUGAAGAACCAGUCCAUAGCCCUGAGCGGAGAGAUAGGAAGGCAGCCACAGGUGCCAGAAAACGGCGGCACUCCCCUUCACCGCCACCUCCUCCCACCCCAGCAGAAUCGAGGAAGAAAGCCGGAAAGAAGGGGCAAGCAAGCCUAUAUGGGAAAAGGCGAGGGCAAAAGGAAGAAGAUGAGCAAGAAGAUCUUACCAAGGACAUGGAGGAUCCAACCCCUGUGCCUAACAUAGAAGAAGUGGUACUUCCUAAAAAUGUAAAUCCAAAGAAAGAUAGUGAAAAUACUCCUGUGAAAGGAGGAACAGUAGCAGACCUUGAUGAGCAGGAUGAGGAGACGGUCACCACGGGAGGAAAGGAGGACGAAGAUCCCAACAAAGGUGACCAGAGCCGCUCGAUAGAUACCGGAGAAGACAAUGUCACGGAGCAGACAAAUCACAUCAUUAUCCCCAGCUAUGCAUCCUGGUUUGACUAUAACUGUAUUCAUGUAAUCGAGCGCCGUGCUCUUCCAGAAUUCUUCAAUGGGAAAAACAAAUCUAAGACCCCAGAAAUAUAUUUGGCUUACCGCAAUUUCAUGAUUGAUACGUAUCGCUUAAACCCUCAAGAGUACUUGACUAGCACUGCCUGCAGAAGGAACUUGACUGGAGACGUUUGUGCAGUAAUGCGGGUACAUGCCUUUUUGGAACAGUGGGGGCUUAUUAAUUACCAAGUGGACCCAGAGAGCCGACCCAUGGCCAUGGGUCCUCCUCCCACCCCACACUUCAACGUGCUUGCCGACACUCCCUCGGGACUCAUGCCUCUUCACCUUCGGACACCUCAGAUCCCAGCUGCUCAGCAGAUGUUGAAUUUCCCCGAGAAAAACAAGGAUAAACCUACUGACCUGCAGAACUUUGGGCUUCGUACAGACAUAUACUCAAAGAAAACAUUGGCAAAGAGCAAAAGUGCUAGCGCUGGGCGAGAAUGGACAGAACAGGAGACUCUGCUGCUACUUGAGGCGUUGGAGAUGUACAAGGAUGACUGGAAUAAAGUUUCUGAGCAUGUCGGAAGCCGCACUCAGGACGAGUGCAUCCUCCAUUUCCUGAGGCUUCCCAUUGAGGAUCCUUACUUGGAGAACUCCGAUGCCUCGCUGGGCCCUUUGGCUUACCAGCCUGUGCCUUUCAGCCAGUCUGGAAACCCGGUGAUGAGCACCGUGGCUUUUCUGGCAUCUGUCGUGGAUCCCCGGGUGGCGUCUGCUGCCGCUAAAGCAGCUUUAGAGGAAUUUUCCAGGGUCCGAGAGGAAGUCCCACUGGAACUUGUAGAGGCCCAUGUCAAGAAGGUGCAGGAGGCAGCCAGAGUCUCUGGAAAAGUGGAUCCCACUUAUGGACUAGAGAGCAGCUGCAUUGCCGGAACGGCUCCAGAUGAGCCAGAGAAACUUGAUGGAGCUGAAGAAGAGAAAAUGGAGACAGAGACAGAUGGACCACAGGCAGAAAAAGUUAAGAUUGAAAACAAAGGGGACCAUGAACUUGGAGAUGCAAACAAGGCACAGGAAGGAGACGAGGAGAAAAACGCAGAAAAGGAUCAGGAUGGCGACGUCUCCCAGGACUCCAAGCCAGAUGAGAAGGAAGCAGACGAGAACAAGGAGAACCUUGAUGUGUGCAAAGACAAGGAGGGCGACGCUGGGAAGAAGAGAGUGGAGCACGAAAUCUCCGAAGGGAACGUGGCAACGGCUGCAGCUGCUGCCCUCGCCUCAGCUGCCACCAAAGCCAAGCAUCUAGCUGCUGUUGAGGAAAGGAAGAUCAAGUCCUUGGUCGCCCUCCUGGUGGAAACACAGAUGAAGAAACUGGAGAUCAAACUCCGUCAUUUUGAGGAGCUGGAAACAAUCAUGGACAGAGAGAAAGAGGCGCUGGAGCAGCAGAGGCAACAGCUGCUGACGGAGCGCCAGAACUUCCACAUGGAGCAGCUGAAGUACGCGGAGCUCCGCGCCCGCCAGCAAAUGGAGCAGCAGCAGCACAGCCAGAACGUCCAGCAGUCCCACCAGCAUUCCAGCGGCCCUGGCAUGAACCCUCUGGGGACACCCAGCCACCCGGGCUUGUUGUCUCACCAGCAGCCUCCUCCAUAUCCCAUGAUGCACCACCAGAUGCCCCCUCCUCAUCCACCGCAGCCAGCUCAGAUCCUGGGGCAAGGCUCCAUGAUCCCCGGGCAGCCUUUGCCAGGCCGGGCAAUGCCAAGCGGAUCGGCCAGCGCUCACCAAGCCAGCAGCAGCAGCAGCGCUCCCCCGUCCGGUGCGGCAGGAAAUAUCGUGGGAGCCCGGGGGGCCCUGGCUUCUCCGAACGGCUUGUAUCCGCAGCAGCAGCAACAGCAGCCGCCGCAGCCACAGCCUCCAGUUGACGGGGCGACCCCACCUCCUGCGGGAGCAGCAACAGCCUCCGCAGCUCCCUGAUCGGUCCGGCAACAAGGCGUCUCUCAAGCUGUGACAGUAGCAACCAAAAACACCAUUCCUCAGUUUCCUGCUCCUUCCUUCCCUGGCCUCUGCCCCCGCCCCCCAUGCGCCCACACCCAGACCUCUUCCCCCACGCAGUUUUGGUGACGGUUUGUGCCUUCCUUUUCUGCCAGGAACACAGCCAGAGCUGACAGUGCUCCAACUUGUUACUUCGCAUGUUGAGCCUCUGGGUCCUCUACCUCCCCAGGUAGGAAAUGCAGCGUAACCAGAAGCCCGUUGGGUCCCUUCGUUGUGGGAGGCGAAGCGUCGCCUUGCCGCCGCCCCUCGGUCACAAGAGUAGAAGCGUUUUGCGGCCAGGGCGGUGGGGAAAGCAGCCUGCCUCUCCCCUUGGCCUCGGCUUCUCGGUUCACGCUGACCACAGGCGCGGCAGGUGGGCAAUUAUUCAGGAAGCUUGUCGAGCCCUGGGGAUUGCCUGGCGAUAUUAUUAAAAGGAAAUAUCGAUCUCGCCCGAGAAGAGCCGGGGGCCAGAUCAAUUGGCGGGGUGCUCUCUGCAGCGAUGUUCGCUUUUCCCACUCCAGCCUUUCAGCGCAAGGGGAGUGGGGUCGAUGCAUCCCAUUCUCCCUCCCUCUCGUUUCAUAUCAAACAGGUCACCACAGUAGCGGAGGGAGGGGUAAAUAAAGCCUGCCCUGUAUCCUUGGAGCAUAUAUUGCGGUGUUCCUCUUUCAAAACGAGCCAGCAAUCAAACUCCCAUAGAUAGCAAAGCGCAAGUUUACAGGAUUGUGCUGGAGCAGCCAGGGUGUGGGUGUGUGCUUACCCCAACUACCUCUUGCAGGCAGCCGUGGGGUGGGCUGCAGGGAGCAGAUUAAGGAAACACGUUUCCUUUCUGGAACGGUCCGAAUAGGAGCUUGGAAGCAUCACUGACAUCUUCCUUAUUUGCAAGCACACGUAGGUACAUUGCACACUCCCUGCUUGCUUGUCUUCCAGCUCUUUGCUGGGAACACUUGAACCCCAGGGGCUGCGCAAGGAGCAAGGGAACCUGUCCGCCUACAACCACAAUUGGGGGCAGCCGUGCUCUCUGGAUGUUGCUGGAAUUGAAACUCCAUCACCCUUGACCGUUGCCCGUGGUGGCGGCAGCUGAUGGGAGUUGUAGUCCCAGCGUCAUAUAGAAGGCUGCAGGUGAGCUCGCCCUCGACCUACAACUUGGGCUGCUCCGUAUCCUGCUCCUUGCCCAGAUUGUGGGCGUUGCGUCCCUAUCCCGUUGCCAGUCUUUCUUCCUCUCGUUCCUGCAACUUGCAAAGGAGUUCUUGUGUAAAUGAGCAGCUUUGGCUUUGGUUGAGAACAAUGCCGGGGAAGUGGGUGGUCUUGCAGCCCACUGGGCUGGGGAGGGGCCAUUCCAGGGGGGGCAAUGUACCAGUUUUCCAAGUUAGGCCUCACUGCUCCUGUACGGUUAGUGCCCCUCCUAAUACCACCGUACACAAAUAAGGGUUGCCAGUAGAGGUUGGUUUAAUUCCAGCGCUUUGGCCACAGAAGCAACGCCUGCCCCUUCCCUCCUCAUCCUGCUGCCUGGAAGCUCGGAGCAUGGAGUCUUUGGGAUGAGGAGAACAACAACUUUGUUUUGGCCAUCCAGACUCCUGCUCUCAACCCUCUCACUUAGGACACCUAGGGGAUAACGCCAUCCCCUUCUCAGGAAAAGAAAAGCCCUUGCCUUCUGGCCGAAGCUCUUCCUCUGCGUCCCCCCCAAAACACCCCCCCCCCCAGAAAGGAAAGUGCUUCCCACGUCUCCCCCGCUGGCGUGUUUCCCUCCCCCUUUGGAGCCCAUUGUCUUCGGAGCAGCUUGGAAUCGAGAUUCCAAACAUGGUCCUCUUUAGACUAAUAACCUCAGGUUGUUUUUAGCGAGAUCCACUUCAAAUGUCAAGGUUCUAGAUGGAGAAACUUGUCGUCUUCUUUUUCUACUCUACUGUUGACUUGUGUCCUGCAGCAUAAUAUUAAUUGUUAACACGACGGUGUUUCUGUACACAAGUGGGUGGGUUGUGGGUGGGAGUGAUGACCUUUCAUUUGUUGGUUUGUUCCUCCUCCCCUUCUAGUCUGGUCCUGUAUGUGGGGAGCGGGAAUGGGGAGACCUUCGUUUCUUGCAACUCAGCCACUUAAAUUUUGUGAAAUAAAAAUGCAGGUUUUUUUUAAAAACAAAACA